AUGUCUGCACAAAACGUCACAGCUUCUCUUUGGUGGGAUACUCUUAUUCGACCAUGGAUAUGCGUUCCCCUCAGCAUCAUCUUCAUGCUAUACUGCAUUGUUGGAAUGGACUCUCUCAUAGGACUGGGGACUGUCGACUUCCCGUCAAGCGUGGCAUGCCUCCUUAUCUUGUUCUUCUUUCUUCUUGUGUGUGAUUGGCUGUUACCGUCCAAGCACAUGGGCACCUUGUUAAGUGUACUCAAGGUGCCCACUGAAUUUGCCCUCCGAACGAUGAACCUCUAUUUCACGCCAAGCUUUGUCCUCCUCCCCACUAGCACUCUCAUCAGUGGGGAGCAAAUUGGUGCCUUGGCCGGGGUAUUCAUCGUUGGACUUCGCGGGGAAACCACUCUGCCUACAGGAUCCGACACUGUCGGAAACCCUGAGAAGACGGGAACAUCGAUGCAGCAGCCUUCCGUCACAUCACCAACACAAAACAGUGCAAACUCAGGUCCCUCAGGACAACAACAAGAAACCGAUCAAGAGUACGUCAAGGAAGAUCAGAGUCCUUCUCAAAUUUCAGAUCCGAUGAGGGAAUCUGCCACACCAUCAGAACUGGAGCAGGUUUCAGCAACGGCAGCAGAGGAUUACAAUUCGACUGAGAAGAAACGCCGAUGGAGACCAUGGCUCCUGAAGAACAUCGAUCGUCUCACUUGGUUCACCCUAUUUCUUGUCAUCGGGCUCCCAGUAUACUAUGCAACUGGCUAUACCAUGCCAAUCUUCCUCUGCAUCAAUGUUCUCUGCUUCCAAGGCGCCAACGCCGUCCCACCCAAGAUUAAGCGCAUCGCACACCCCGUCCUCGUCUGCGCCCUCUUUUCAAUACUAUUCAUCUGGGGCUUUUCCGUCUCUCGGGGUCUCACCCUGUACAGGGGCCUGAACCUCUACAAGACCGGCACUUCAUACAUGAACUAUCUCCGCGGCGCUUCGGGGCUCCCACGCCCGGGUGCAGGCGACAUCCUCGCGAGCCUGCUCGACGCCAGCAUCGUUUCUCUCGCCAUGCCGAUGUAUCAGUACCGUCAAGAGCUACGUCACUACUUUGCUUCUAUAUUCCUGCCAGUGCUGUUUCUGACCAUUCCAUCUCUGUUUGGCUACCCUCCUCUGUGCUUCUCGCUCGGCAUAUCUGCGACGAUCAGCCUCGCAGUUGCGCCGCGAAGUGUCACGCUCGCGCUGGCACAGCUGUCGACCCAGAACCUGGGCGGCAAUACGUCUGCCAUCUCGGUCAUUGCCGUAGUCAGCGGCAUAUCUGGACCCAUAUUUGGUCCGACUAUUUUACGCAUGUUGAGGAUCCCAGAAAAGGAUUUCGUGACCUGGGGGGUCGUUCUGGGGGCAAACUCAUCUGCAAUCGCUACGGCAAUGCUUCUAGAGCGGGACAGACGGGCCGCUGCUCUUAGCUCACUUUCUUUGAGCCUCUUUGGUAUUGUUUUUGUCAUUCUGACGGUCAUCCCUCCCUUAGCCACCUACGUUCGUAGUCUUGUAGGGCUAUAA